AUGCGCUGUGCUGCGCAUCAUCAUCAUCAGUCUCACGCGAGUGUUCAUGACGCUGUGGCUGGAACGAGCGCUGCGGGCACUUUCUCCAGGUUUCUCCCAGACAAAAUGGCAGUGGAAAAGCGCUUGGCAUAUUCUAUCGUGCAGUUCCUCAGAGAUCAGACACACUGUGGCUCGCUGAAUUCAGAUGAACAGGAAAGCCUGGAAGUUGCCGUACAGUGUCUCGAGACCACUUUCAAGAUCAGCUCCAGUGACUGCCAUCUCGCCGCCCCUCAGCCACUGAGAGAGAUAUUCCUCAACUCUCUCCUCAAAAAUGAUAUUGUUACGUUACCUGAGACGUUUCCAUCUCCUGAGGACAUUGAGAGAGCCGAGCAGCUUAAAAACGAGGGAAAUAACCACAUGAAAGAGGAGAAUUAUAGCAGUGCUGUGGACUGUUACACAAAAGCCAUUGAGUUGGACCAAAGAAAUGCAGUCUACUACUGUAACAGGGCUGCGGCACAUAGUAAACUUGGAAACUACACAGAGGCCACGGGAGACUGUGAACGAGCGAUUGCCAUCGACCCUUCGUACAGUAAAGCUUAUGGCAGAAUGGGAUUGGCACUAACUUCUAUGAGCAAGUAUCCAGAAGCGAUAUCUUAUUUUAAUAAAGCUCUGGUGUUAGAUCCUGAAAACGACACCUACAAAUCCAACCUAAAGAUCGCAGAGCAGAAACAAAAAGAAGCAUCCAGUCCUACGGCCACAGGACUGGGGUUUGACAUGGCCAGCCUCAUCAAUAACCCCGCUUUCAUUAGCAUGGCUGCCAGUGUGAUGCAAAACCAGCAGGUGCAACAACUCAUGUCGGGCAUGAUGUCUAACGCAGUGGGCGGACCUGCGGCCGGAGUGGGCGGAUUAUCUGACAUAUCCAGUCUCAUUGAAGCUGGACAGCAGUUCGCCCAGCAGAUCCAGCAGCAGAACCCAGAGCUGAUCGAACAGCUGAGGAACCACAUACGGAGUCGCUCCUUCAGCGGCAGCGCGGAGGAACACUCCUGAUCCCCGCAGGUCUGACACCUCACACUCAUCCUGUUCAAACUACACACUUACACGCAGUUCUGAUGCGAGGAAACACACUCAUCAGAGUUGGAGCAUUGAGCUGUGGUGCUCAAAUCUGAAUACAGCUUGUGACAUUUCCAACCUAGGCUCAUUGGGAAAAAAACCUUCU